AUGUCCAGAAUAGACUACAGUGUGUGGGACCACAUCGAGGUGUCCGACGAUGAAGAUGACAUCCACCCCAACAUCGACACACCCAGCCUCUUCAGGUGGAGACAUCAGGCACGAAUGGAGCGUAUGGAAGACUUCCAGAAAAAGGGCGAAGAACUAAAUAAGGGGCUAAGCGACUGUCGACGUAAGCUGGCCGAGGCCCAAAAGAAAGUACAAGAGUUGAAACUUUCGGGAACAGAAGAGACCAAAGCAGAGCUGAGCAAGGCUCACUCCGAGGAGAAGAGGCUGAAAAAGGAGGAGCGGGAGUGGGAGAGGAAGAGGGACGAUCACAAUCGCGAAGAGAAAAAGAUGCCGUGGAAUGUGGACACGCUCAGUAAGGACGGCUUCAGCAAGAGCAUUGUUAAUGUCAAACCGGAAUCUCACGAGGAGACUGAAGAAGAGAAAGAGCAGAAGCAUAAAACCUUUGUAGAGAAAUAUGAAAAGCAGAUCAAACACUUUGGAAUGCUGCGACGUUGGGAUGACAGCCAGAAGUACCUGUCGGAAAAUCCUGAUCUAGUUUGUGAAGAAACUGCAAAUUAUCUCGUCAUCAUGUGCAUUGACCUUGAAGUGGAGGAGAAACAUGCAUUGAUGGAUCAAGUGGCUCAUCAGACCAUUGUCAUGCAGUUCAUUCUGGAGUUGGCUAAAAGCCUUAAGGUGGAUCCUCGCGGGUGCUUCCGUCAGUUUUUCGCCAAGAUUAAGACGGCAGAUCAACAGUACCAGGAUGCUUUCAACGACGAGCUGGAGUCAUUUAAGGAGCGGGUUCGCGGCAGGGCAAAGAUCCGCAUAGAAAAGGCCAUGAAGGAGUACGAGGAAGAAGAAAAAGAGAAACGCAUGGGACCAGGCGGCCUCGAUCCUGUGGAAGUUUAUGAGUCUCUGCCAGCAGAGAUGCAGAAAUGCUUUGAUGAAAAGGACAUUCAGAUGUUGCAGGAUGUCAUCAGCAAAAUGGACCCUACCGAAGCGAAGGCUCACAUGAAGAGAUGCAUCGACUCAGGACUGUGGGUGCCCAACUCCAAGACCGACGACGGUGAUGAAAAAGACGAAGAAGGCACCUACGAGGAGGUGAAAGCGGAGCAGGAAGAAGCCAAGAAAGAGUAGCCAUCGCUGACUAGCAUUUUUGUCACUUGUUCGAGUGUGCUUACCCACUGUAUUACAAUUUAGUUAUUGGUAUGGAUUAGCUUGUCAAUGGAUGAAGAAAAAAGUAAUUUUUCUGAACGUUUUUCGCCGAGACUUAGGGGAUUAGAGCUGCACUCUAUAGCUACAUCAAAUCAGUAAAAUGUUGCUUGGAAAAAAUAAAUAAAUAAACGUCUGCUUGUGGUUAGAACUUCUGUGUGUUCAGGCAUCACUCAAGUUUAAUAUCAUUUCUACAGUUUAUGCAACACUGAUAUCUUUCUGUGUCAGCUUUUUUUUUAUUUUUUCACCCACUAUCUUUUUGUUGUUGUUGUUGUCUUGUGUUUUUAGAAGACAGGAUUUCUAGCUGUUUAGGUUUAAUUUUUGACUUUUAAGUGUUUCGCUGCAAUAAAUCCCAAUAAAGUAAACCUUGCGACUGUGUAAUCAGAUCACCA